CAGAGACAAUAGCUUCUUGUGGACACUGUUUGUGAAGACCCUGGAUCUAGAUGCUGGCUGCAAGCCUGGUGUAGCCUUGUGGUAUCAAGGUUGUGGGACACCACCUCCCUACCUCCCCAACCCAACUCCUGACGUAUUUUCAUCCAGCCAUUGGCACUGCAUAGGGCCUGGCAGAUAUAAGUCCUGACUGGAGGUUGUGUGUUUGAGGCACCGGAGAGAGCAGGAGCUGCAAGGACCUUCGCUCCCUGGCUUCCAGUGAUGGCAUACCUCAGCAAGCAGCAUUCCUGGAAGAGAAUCAUGGCCAUAUUCUUCCUGCCACUUGUCCUAUCUGGUUUUGCUCCUCGCUCGCAGGGGAUGUUUAAGUCUCCUGCCAGGUUCAGCUGGUCUCAUCUGAGCCCCUCCAAGCUGAAGAACAGGUCUGAAGGACUUAGCACUAAAACCAAUGCCCAGGGCAAAGCAUACUUCACCCUGGAAGGUCACAAGUUCAUGAUAGUUGGAGGCUCCAUACACUACUUCCGGGUGCCCAGGGAAUAUUGGAAGGACCGCUUGUUGAAGCUGCAGGCCUGUGGAUUCAACACUGUCACUACCUACAUCCCAUGGAACCUCCAUGAGCAAGAGAGGGGGAAAUUUGACUUCUCUGAGAUCCUGGACCUGGAGGCCUAUGUUUUGCUUGCUGAGACUCUUGGGCUGUGGGUGAUUCUUCGACCAGGGCCAUACAUCUGUGCUGAGGUUGAUCUGGGUGGAUUACCUAGCUGGCUUCUGCGAGAUCCCGUGGCAGAACUGAGAACAACCAACGAGGGCUUUAUUGACGCUGUGGACAAGUAUUUUGAUCAUCUGAUUCCCAAAAUACUUCCUCUCCAGUACCGCCAUGGUGGUCCUGUUAUUGCUGUCCAAGUAGAAAAUGAAUAUGGUUCAUUUAAGAAGGAUAGGAAGUACAUGGAUUACAUGAAGAAGGCUCUGCUGAAGAGAGGGAUUGUAGAGCUCCUCUUGACCUCAGAUGAUAAGGAUGGAAUUCAGACUGGCUCUGUUGAUGGAGCUUUGACUACUAUCAAUAUGCAUUCAUUUAUCGAGGAUUCCUUUAUUAAGCUUCAUCAAAUGCAGAAUGAUAAACCCAUUAUGAUUAUGGAAUUCUGGACUGGCUGGUAUGACUCAUGGGGGAGUAAACACAUUGAGAAAAGUGCAAAUGAAAUUCAACACACGGUAUAUAAAUUCAUCCGCUAUGGACUCUCCUUCAACAUGUAUAUGUUCCACGGUGGAACCAACUUUGGUUUCAUAAAUGGAGGCCACUAUGAAGAGAAGCACAUCCAUGUUGUGACUAGCUAUGACUAUGAUGCUGUGCUGUCUGAGGCUGGCGAUUACACAGAAAAGUAUUUCAUGCUUCGGAAACUCUUUGCAUCUGGUUCAGUGAGGGUUAUAACAGAGCUACGAGCCAGCAUUGCCAGAUGUAACACGGAGCUUUCUACUGCUCUUCUCUCUAUGUUUUCACCAGCACAUCCUCUGCCUCCAUUGCCUCCUCUCAUUCCCAAGGCUGUCUAUCCCUCUGUGAAUCUCUCAUUCUACCUGCCACUGUUUGAUAUUCUACCAUACUUAAAUGAGCCUGUCAUGUUACACACUCCAGUCACCAUGGAGAAUCUUCCAAUAAACAGUGGCAGUGGUCAGCCAUUUGGAUUGGUCCUUUAUGAGACUUCCAUCUGUUUUGGAGGCAGUCUCUUUGCUUCAGUUCACGAUUCAGCACAGGUGUUUUUGAAUGACAGAAGUAUAGGAAUUCUGGAUGAGAAUAAUGAGUUUCUACAAAUCCCUAAAAUCCAGGGCUGUCAGCUUCUGAGGAUCCUGGUUGAGAAUCAAGGCAGAAUCAAUUUCUCUUGGAGAAUUCAAAAUGAGCAGAAAGGAUUAAAUAAAGAGGUAAGCAUCAAUGGCACUUUGCUGAGGAAUUUCACCAUCUAUUCUCUGGACAUGAAGAUGAGUUUCUUCAAGAGGCUCCGCUCUGCAUCCUGGAAGCUUGCCCCAAAGACUUAUAAAGGCCCUGCCUUCUACUGGGGAAUCUUGAAUGUCGGCUCUUCUCCCACAGACACCUUCCUGCACCUACCAAACUGGCAUUAUGGGUUUGUGUUCAUCAAUGGACGUAAUCUUGGGAGAUAUUGGGACAUUGGACCUCAGAGUACACUGUACCUUCCUGGUCCCUGGCUUCAUCCAGAAGACAACGAGGUCAUCGUGUUUGAGAAGGUAGAGAAGGGUUUUUACAUCCAGACAAGAAAGAAACCCCAGCUGCAAAAGUGCUACAAAACAGAUCCUGCACUGCGGGGUGCUGCUGGUGAUGUUGACAACUGCCAAGAAUAUUGAACAUAGUACUGUUUGGAGAAAAAGAUGAAAGUGACCAAAAUACCCAGGGAAAUUGCUACAUAUAUCAUACUUUCCAUUUAAUUACUAUCUUUAGGCUAUAAACUUCAAAACCUUUAAUAAACAAAUUUAUCUAUUUAAAUGCUUAAUUCUUAGUAGGUUCUUAUUCUCUGUCAAGAUAUGCCUUUAGAAAGAAACAAAAUAAAAACAAAUUUAACUUC